AUGCGUAAUUUGAUAAUGCCAGUGUUGUGGAUGAAUGAAACGGUACGUUUCGAUGUUAUGACAAGGCAACAACUUCUUGAUGGUUUUGUGACGCUUAAACAUAAGGUAUUCAUAAUUGGAAUGCUUUUACUAACAAUCGGUCUCUUACUAUGGGUUAUCUUCAUAUUAGUAUCACUUAUUCGCACGUAUAUUGCGGUAUGUACAUUUCAUUGCACAACUGUUUUUUAA